AUGUCAGUCGAACAAAGACAGCCCGAGCCGCUUCGUCGGAUCAUAACAACCCAUGAUUCUACAAGCGGCCGAGCUAUCUUUAGUGACGCGGUUGGGGAGCAGGUAUCAUUUACUGGGUUCCCGGUUCCCCCUGGCAAGCCUACAACGUCAGACUAUGCUCUGGCCUUCAAUACCAAUACAUUUCCUGUGCAAGGGCUUUCCCCUCCAACGUCUGCAACCCCAGAGCCCAAAGCCAACCUCGACAUUAAGCACUAUCGCUCGAAGCUCUCGGAUCCAUCGCCUUUGAAUCCGCCAACCGGCACCUCCUGUACAAUUAUUGAGGUACCUCCAGGUUCAGGGGUUCCAAUGCACCGAACAGCGACCCUCGACUAUGGUGUCGUAAUUAAUGGCACGACAGAACUAGUUCUUGAUUCCGGUGAGAGAAAAUUGCUGAAAAAAGGCGAUGUAUUUGUUCAACGAGGUACGGCUCAUGCUUGGCGGAAUACGACUGAAAAGAAAGACAAUUCUGGUGUUUUACGUGUCUUUAUCGUGUUUCAACCUAUCGAACAGGUACAACUGGAAGGCGGCAAGGUCGUUGGUCAAGACUUGAACCUGUCUCUGCGUGAGGUUUAA